UGUUAUUCAGCUGGAAAAUAAGGGUUGUGUUUUGAGAGCUUCGGCAUUUCACGAGUAUAAAACGAUACUGACAUUCAAAAGUGCGUUUAAGUUGCAUUAAAAUGUUCUCCAACAACAUGAUAAUAUUUCUGAAACCAGUUUUACGUUAUUAAUGUGAGGUUAGAUGAUCAGCGAGUGAAAUAUUGCUUUCCGUGAGGUGCUGAUAGUUGGUCUGAUCGUAAACGGUGCAACAUUUAUGAGUGUUAUUUUUGUGCGAAUAAAGCGCAUCCACAUCUGAGGGCCAGAGAGAUCGAGUUUGCCUUUUAUUUUAUUCCCAUCGAUUGUGGUCAUCAUCUUAAACCUGACCAAAUCAAACAAACAGGAAACUGAUCUUCUUGACGAACUGUUGUAAAGAUGGAGGUUAUUAAAGAGGAGAGUGAAGAAAUGAGUUUUUCUGAGCCAAGCAGAUUGAAAAAUGAAGAUAAUCAGGAACAGAGAGACCAGAUGGAAGUGAAAGAGAAAAAUCUGGAACCUGGUGAUGUCAAAUCUGGAGAAAAAUCUUCUAGCUGCCCAGAGACUGAAAAGAAUUUCCCACAAAAAAGAACCGAAGCCAAAAAUUUCACCUGCCCUCAGUGUGCAAAGAGUUUCACACGUAUAGGACACCUUAUGGAUCACAUGAAAAUUCACACCGGAGAGAAGCCGUACACAUGCCCUCAGUGUGAAAAGAGUUUCACAUGUAAAGGAAGCCUUAAAGACCACUUCAGAAUUCACACUGGUGAGAAGCCUUUUACCUGCCCUCAUUGUGGGAAGAGUUUCAUAAAUUCAGGAGGCCUUAAAAGGCACAUUAGAACUCACACGGGUGAAAGGCCUUUCACCUGCUCUCAGUGCGGAAAGAGUUUCCCAAAUUCAGCAGAACUUACAAGGCACAUUAAAACUCACUCUGUAGAGAGGCCUUUUACCUGUCCUCAGUGUGGAAAGAGUUACAAACAAAAAGGAGUUCUUAAGGAACAUGCAAAAAUUCACACUGGAGAGAGACCUUUUUCAUGCAUGUUGUGUGGAAAGAGUUUCGCACAACAGAGCACCCUAAAAUGUCAUAUGAAAACUCAUUCUGGAGAGAAACUACAUCAAUGUUCUGAGUGUGGCAGGAGAUUUUCAGAGGCGAGCAAUCUAAAAACUCAUUUGCUCUCUCACUCUGGAGAAAGACCGUUUAAAUGCGAUCAGUGUGAUAAAACGUUCUUCUUGGCCGUUCACUUAAAGACACACAUGAGGAUUCAUGAAGGUGAGAAGCCUUACACAUGUUCUUUUUGUGGAAAGAGUUUUUUAUGGCUGCAUGGUUUUAAAGACCAUUUGAAAACACACAUCGGUGUGAAAGCUCAUGUGUGCACUGAGUGUGGAAGCACCUUUACCAGAGCUGGCGAACUGAAAGUGCACCAAAGGACCCAUACUGGUGAGAAACCUUACAAGUGUUCACACUGUGAAAAGAGUUUCACUCAGUCAUCAGGCCUGAAAGCACAUGAAAGAGUGCAUACUGGAGAGAAGCCGUACCUCUGCCCAUCAUGUGGGAAGACUUUCAGCCGAUAUGGUAAUCUAGGAAAACAUUUAAAAAAGGCUUGCCCAAAGUUGUCAGAAUGAGUUCAACUUAAAGUACAUCGCUUGGACGGAAUUCCUUCCAAAAAGAAAUUUGGAAAUGUAAACAAAGAUGUUAUUCUGUUUCGUAUCAACCACAUUUCACACUUUUUCUAAAGAAAAAUAUGCAAAUGAUUGUCAAAGCCAAAAUAUUAAUUGACUUCAAUUUAUAUUUACUGAGUUAUACUUAUACUGAGUUUAUAUUUACAUUAUUUUGUUGAAGGGGGUCAAAAUUACAAUUUUGCUUAUGAUUUGGAGCAAAACUACAGGUAAAUUUUUUUUUGCAGUAUCAUUAUUCCAUUUUUACUCAGAGAUGGGUUGGUUUAUUACUAAAAUCAGUUGACUUCAGCACCCCUUACUGGAUUUUAUGCUAAUGAUGUGAGUUCAAAAAUGGUGUUGUUUUUCCAAAAUUGGAAAGCUCAACUCCAGAAGUAUUACAAAAAUAUCCCUUUUGAUUUUGUUUAGGGACAAACAUUCUUUUUGGUAUUUUCAUAUUUAUUAAGGCCAUAUAUAUUUAAAUCACAAAGAUAUGGGGCUCUCAUUGUGGCUCAAUGUGUAAAUUGUUAAAUGUCCCACAUUUGCAGUGGUUGAAAGAACAGAUGUGGGUCACUUGGUAUGAAGCUAGUUAUCUUGUCCGACAAAACAAAGAUCUGAAGUGCAUAUUAUGUUCAAUUUAGAGAUGUACCUUUAAUGAUUUACAUAAAAACAAUAAUGUCAAUUUCUUGACUUUUGAGAGUCUGAAAAUAUACAAUUAUUAAAAGAGUAUUCCAUGUUCAAUGCAAGUUAAGCUCAAUCAACAGCAUUUGUGGCAUUUGUAAUUACCACAAAAAAUUAUUUCAACUUCAUCCCUUGUUUAUUAGAAAAUUGUGGUUACAUUUAGGCACUUACAGUACAAUGGAAGUGAAUGGGGUCAGUCCAUAAACACUAAAAUACACAUGGUUUCAAAAGUCUAGCCACAAGAAGUAAACAUUAUACAUGUUAAUAUGAUUUUAGUGUGACAAAAUGGCUAAUUAACCUUUUCUGUGUAAAGUUAUAUCCAUUACCAGGAUUACAGGGUUUUGUUGUCUUGACAACAAAGAAAUAUUGAAUAUAACUUUAGACAGGUUGUUAUCGCAAAAUAAACCUCAACAGGGUGAUCAGGAUUCUGACACGAUAACCGUACAUAAUCCCACUUAUUACACAGCUACAAACCAAAUAAAUACAUGGACAUAAAAUAUAUAUUUGCACUGAAAUUAUGUAUUUAUGUGACUAAAAAGAAAUCACUGAACUGCUGAAAUCCACCUCUGGUUUGCGUUAGAGUUCUGUUGGUGUUUAUUUUGUGCAAAUGACUCCUUUUUAUCCAGCUUAUUAAAAGACAAUAUUGGCAAAUAAAUAAAUGCUCAUGAAACAUUAAUUUUAUUUUUCUUGUAGAGAACACACAGUGAUCUGAGGAGCAGGAGAGAUGGCUCACAAAACCCAUCUCGUGGGAUGUGCGGUUGUCGCAGAGCAAUAUCUGACCCCUAGAUGGCGUUAUUGACCAAUCAGAAUCGAGUAUUUCAGAGAGCUGUGUAAAAAGCGAUUUUAUCACACUCAAAUCAUGUUAAUGUGUAAUGUUUAUGUUUUGUGGCUGUAGUUUUGAAACCGUAUUUAUUUUAGCAUUUAUGGAUUAGCCCCAUUCACUUUCAAUGUAAGUGCCUCACUGUAACCGCAGUUUUUUCUUUUUUUUAAGAAAGGAUUGAAAAGUCAAAAUAAUUUUUUGUGGAAAUCCACAUUAUUCUGUAAAUGCUGUAACAUUGUUUAACCUGUUUUGAACUUGGAAUAUCCCUUUAAUACACUAUUACCAAGUAAGUGCAAUACCUAUAUGUAGUUUUUGGAUUUCAGAAAUCUACAUCUGCAAAGUACUGGAAUGCAUAUUUAUUUUUUGAAUGGCCUCUUCAUCAAAGUGAUACUGUCUGCCAGUGAUGGUUCAAAGCACAGAAAGACGUCACACUCAUCAGCACAUCUUGGCCACUUGAAUGAUCUGGAAGUGCCCACUUGGGUUAUGCAAGGACAAAAGUACAUCCUGCUGCUCAUCAUCACACUCCAGAAUGCUGCCAAUAUAUCACUUCUGAUCAUUUACUGCAACAGUGUAAUGUCCAGGCAUAUACUGCCUAAUGUUGGGCAGAUCCUCAUGAGCCUGGACUAAAGUGCAAACUAUUGAACGUGAUAAGAACAUGGCAAAAAUAUACAUUAUAUACUGUACAUUAACACAUGCUAUUACUAGAAAAUUAAAAGCUCUCAGUUUUUUCAUACCACAUAUGGCAUUUUAGAUUUGAGUUUAAAACUCCAUGAUUUUAGCUUUCUGACAUACGACUCAUUGCAUUUGUUAAAAAAAAGUGAAAUUUAAUGUCAUGCUAAUGUGUCACACCAUUACUAAUUUUAAUUAUAUUCUAUAUAGGCAAGUAACACUGAAAUGGUAACUGUACAUAAAUAUUUCAAAAUGAACAGACAAUUCAAUUUUUCAGUACUUUGUAUUUUAGACGCAUAAAUCAACAUGGCAACAAAAAAGAUGUGCACCAAUGAAAUGCACAAGAAACUGAUUUUUUGUCUAUAUUUUUAUGUACCGUACAAUUUACCAAAACUCUUAACAGAGUGAAGAGUACAAAUAAGAGUGGAGAAAAAUACUAAAUAAAUCUGUCGUUUUCUCUUACUGGGUAUGUAAAUAGUAUGGACAUCGGUAAUGUUACUGUCUCUUGCGUCUUUGAGCACAUGAUCCAAUUUUGAAGACACUGCAGAGUUUGUUUGGUUAAGUUUGAUCUUUUGUGGGAUGUAAAGCCUCACUGUUUUUAUACCAUGCUUUACUGUAGCAUCUGUAUUCAGCAAGUAUUCUUUUAUUUUAUGACAGUAAUUAUUAUUAUAAUUAUUAUUAUUUUUUCAUUCUGCAUGCAUAAGCAAUGAGAUAAUUGAUUUAUCGUGAUUGCAAGACUACGGUCAGUAUAUUGAACUUGUGAAGAUCUGCUGCUGUAUGCCUACGAGAGAUACGGGCAAGCUGACGUGUUUCUGUGUAUAGCCCAAAAACGCUCACUGUCAUCUGAACCAGUGUCAAAAGCGAAACCGACUGAACGGCAGCCAGAGAAAAUAAUAGUUAAAAGAUUUAAAACAUCAGCAAAUUAAACUUCAGCAUUCAAUAUAUUUUAUAUCUGUAUGUAUAGUGUCUAAUAAUGCAUUGGCAAUGGACACUUAAGUUUCUCUUGCCAAUAAAGUUUGAUAUGAAUUGAAUUUGCCCAUUCUAUCUUAUUAUUAACCCUUGUGCGUCAAUAAAAAAAGUUACUCAGAGGUCCUUAGAGGACAAAAAUGACUACGUCAAAAAACUGCCAUAAUAAUAGCCUAUUAUAUAUUAAUAUUAUUUUCCAUUUUCAAUGAGUUAAUUGUUUUAACCAACAUCAGUCCUGAUCAUAACUACCAAAUGUUCAUUAAUUUUCAGGAUUUUAACCCUUUAAAUGUUUGUUUAUAUAAUGCCACUGUUGUUUUUUAUUA